UUCUUCUUACUUUCUUUCUAUGUUGAAGUUAAAGCUUUUUUUUUUUUAAAUUUUUGUGAGCAUUUUCAACACUAAUAUAUAAAAAACAAGGGACAAAUUAUUUUUAAGUAAAUUGUACUUUGUGUGUAAAAAAAACAUGCGUCUAAUAACAUAUAGGAUUCUACCUUUGAUUCAAUUGUUAACUAUUAUUUUAUUUGUCGAAGCUGCACCGACAACGGAAAGAGCAACAACAUGCUAUUGUAAAUACGUAGACGAAGUAGAAGAUAAAAAUAAUCAAACAAAAAAAUCUAUCACUAAAACAACACUACCAACAAUAACAGAAAUAUUUACUCAGACAACUACAAUAAAAGAAACGAAAAAUUCAAAACCUACGAAAACAGCAACACAAGUUACAGAAACUGAUACAAGGUCCGAAACAAAGAUUACAGAAACGCCAAAAUACACUUCUACAGAAAGAAGUGGAAAUGAAAUAAUUACAAAAAAACAUAAAACGUCCAAAGCAUCUGCAACAAAAGCUGCUGAUACAGUAACAGAGAAAUCAAGCUCUACUAAAAUUUUAGGAUCGUCUACAAAAAAGAAUUCCAAUGAGACAAUUUAUAGAACUACAACAAACCGUGCAGUAACUUCUUCUCACAAAACCACAAAAAGUAGUGGAAGUGGAACAAAGGAAACAAAUAAGCAGACAACAAAAGCAUCUGCAACAAAAUCUGCUGGUACAGUAACAAAGAAAUCAAGCACUACGAAAAUUGAUGAAUCAUCUAUAAAGAAGGAGUCUAAUCACACAACCUCUAGAGCUUCAACGAAUCAAACAUCUUCUCACAAAACAACCAAAAUCAGUGAAACUGCAACUAAGAUAUCUAAUAAACCAUCGACAAAAUCAUAUGCAACAACAAUUGCUGGUGAAGUAACAAAAAGAUCAAGCACUACAAAAAUUGAUGAAUCAGCUACAAAGAAGCAUUCUAAUGAGACAAUUUCUAAGGCUACAACAAACCGUGCAGUAACUUCUUCUCACAAAACUACAAAAAGCAAUGAAAGUACAACGAAGGCAACAAAUAAGCAAAUAACAAAAGCAUCUACUACAAAAUCUGCUGGUACAGUAACAAAGAAAGCAAGUACUACGAAAAUUGAUGAAUCAUCUACAAAGAAAGAGUCAAAUCACACAACCCCUAGAGCUACAACAAUCCGAACAUCUUCUCAUAAAACAACCAAAAGCAGUGAAUCUGCAACAAAAGCUGCUGGUACAGUAACAGAGAAAUCUAUCUCUACUAAAAUUGAUGAAUCAUCUACAAAGAAGGAGUCUAAUGAGACAAUUUCUAAGGCUAUAACAAACCGUGCAGUAACUUCUUCUUACAAAACCACAAAAAGUAGUGGAAGUGGAACAAAGGAAACAAAUAAACAGACGACAAAAAAAUCUGCAACAAAAUCUGCUGGUACAGUAACAAAGAAACCAAGCUCUACUAAAAUUGAUGAAUCAACUACAAAGAAGCAUUCUAAUGAGACAAUUUCUAAGGCUACAACAAACCGUGCAGUAACUUCUUCUCACAAAACCACAAAAAGUAGUGGAAGUGGAACAAAGGAAACAAAUAAACAGACGACAAAAACAUCUGCAACAAAAUCUGCUGGUACAUCAAAGAAACCAAGUACUACAAAAAUUGAUAAAUCAGCUACAAAGAAAGAGUCAAAUCACACAACCCCUAGAGCUACAACAAUCCGAACAUCUUCUCAUAAAACAACCAAAAGCAGUGAAUCUGCAACAAAAGCUGCUGGUACAGUAACAGAGAAAUCUAUCUCUACUAAAAUUGAUGAAUCAUCUACAAAGAAAGAGUCAAAUCACACAACCCCUAGAGCUACAACGCUCCUAACAUUUUCACACAAAACAACCAAAAUCAGUGAAAUUGCAACUAAGAUAUCUAAUAAACCAACGACAAAAUCAUAUGCAACAACAACUGCUGGUACAGUAGCCUCUAAGGAUACAACAAACCGUACAACAUCUUCUCACAAAACAACAAAAAUCAGUGCAUCUACAACAAAAACUGCUGGUACGGUAGCUAAGAAACCAAGUACUACUAAAACUGAUGAAUCUUCUACAAAGAGGGAUUCAAAUCACACAACCUCUAAAGCUACAACGAGCCGUGCAAUAACAUCUUCUUACAAAACAACUGGAAAGAUUAGUGGAAGUGCAACACUGACUACAAAUAAACGGACGACUAAGGCAUCUGCAACAAAAUCUGCUGGUACAACAAGAGAGAUACCAAGCUCUACUAGAUUUGUUACUUCUUCAACAAAGGCAGAUUUUAAUUCGGCAACUUCUGAGACUACAACAGAUGGACCAGCGACUUCUACUUACAUGACUACAGAAGGUAUUGCUAGCGCAACAAUCACAACAAAUAUACCAACAAUAAAACAUUCUGCAACAAAAACUACUUGUACAGUAACACUGACACAAACUUCUAAUAGGGUUACAUCUACAAAAGAUAAUUCAAAUUCGACAACUACUGACAAUGCAGUAACAUCUAUUUCCAACAUAAACACCACUUCUGCAACAGGAGAGACAUCAAAAACAAUAAAAAAUGAUAGCAAUGGUAAAAAAGAAACAGAAAAAACAUUGAACGAAAUUUUCGACAAAAACGGUAGAAAAUUAUCAGGAGAUUUAAAGAAAAAGAUUGACAAAGAAGAGCAUCGUGUUCUGGAUGAUGUAGAGGAUCAUAUUCUCAAAGAUAUGUCAAGAACAUUCACGGACUUUAGGUUUCUGUUGUAAAUGAAGAGAAUAAAUAUAUAUUUUCAUUUUUCCAAUAUUUUCUUUUAACAAACUUUUGUUUUGAAAUGUUAAACUAUAUGUAUUAAAUAAAUAAAAAAGCAAAUAUAAAA